AUGUCACUCUCUUUCUCUUCAACCUCCCUAUCAUUCUCCGAAUCUUCAUUUUCACUCCCAAAACCAACCCAUCAAUGCUCAAAUUUCCACACAAUCACGUAUGCAUCAAACAGUUUUCGUUCAGUAACAAGCGUUGGAGGUUCUACUUUCUGUAGAAGAUUUCGUGGUUUGAAACUUUGGAUACUUGAUAGACUCAAUUUUCAACCGUUGAAGCAACCUAACUGUAGAAAUCACUUCAAUAAUGAUAUGGAAACUGAAGGAUCGGUUUCUGAUUCGUCUCAUGUACCUGAUGCUGAUAGUAAGGUCACUUCUUCCACGGAGUCUCCAUCUUUGCUGCAAACGAUUCCCUUAACCGCUCCCAUUGAUAUCGGUAAAGAACCUUCACUUUGUAUUGCAGUCAUAGGAGCCACCGGUGAGCUUGCAAGGGGGAAGAUUUUUCCAGCUUUAUUUGCCCUCUACUAUAGUGGCUUUCUUCCCGAGAAUGUAGCCAUUUUUGGGUAUUCAAGGAAGAAUAUAACUGACGAAGACCUACGGUCCAUUAUAGCUUCAACAUUAACAUGCAGAGUUGAUCAUCAACAGGAUUGUGGGGACAAAUUAGAAGCUUUCCUUGACAGAACACACUACAUCAAUGGAGGUUAUGACAACAAACAUGGGAUGUCCUUAUUAAAAGCCAGGAUGGAGCAGAUUGAGGGAAGAUCCAAAGCCAACAGGAUUUUCUACCUUUCUGUGCCACAAGAAGCACUUUUGGAUGUUGCUUCAUGUCUUGCAAGCAGUGCUCAGACCCAAAACGGAUGGAAUCGCAUAAUAAUUGAGAAGCCAUUUGGGUUUGACGCUCUCUCUUCACAAAGGCUCUCACAAUAUCUUCUCUCGAAGUUUGAGGAAAAGCAACUAUAUAGGAUUGAUCAUCUCCUAGGAAGGAAUCUUAUUGAAAAUCUAACAGUUCUAAGGUUUGCCAAUUUAGUUUUUGAGCCUCUAUGGAGUCGAACUUACAUAGACAAUGUGCAGGUCAUUUUAUCAGAGGACUUGGCUGUGCAUCCAGGAAGGUAUUUCGGUGGCUAUGGGAUUAUCCGUGAUAUUGUUCACAGCCAUAUCCUCCAAACAAUUGCAUUGCUUGCUAUGGAACCACCAGUUAGCCUUGAUGGAGAAGAUAUUCGAAAUGAAAAGGUCAAGGUUUUAAGAUCAAUUCGCAAAUUGGAGCCUAAGGAUGUCAUUCUUGGCCAAUAUAAAGCAAGUAGCAAAGACAAAGUUGAUAAGUGCUUAGAUGGUCCUACACCUACUUAUUUCGCUGCUGCAUUAUACAUUGACAAUGCACGAUGGGAUGGUGUACCAUUUUUGGUCAAAACAGGCCUGGGACUCAUCAAACACCAAAUGGAGAUACGAAUUCAGUUUCGACCUGUUCCAGGAAAUGUUUAUCAUGACUGCAUCGGGCACAAUACUGACCGUGCCACAAAUGAGCUCAUUCUUCGUGAUGUUCCUGAUGAAGCUAUUCUUGUGAGAGUCAACAACAAGGUUCCCGGGUUAGGCUUACAACUGGACUCUUCAGAAUUGAAUUUGCUUUACAAGGACAAGUACAACGCUGAGGUGCCGGAUUCAUAUGAGCAUCUUCUGCUUGAUGUCAUUGAUGGGGAUAACCAUCUGUUUAUGAGGAGCGAUGAACUUGCAGCUGCGUGGAACAUUCUAACUCCAAUCAUGAAUGAGAUAGACAAGAACAACAUAUCAGUGGAGCUUUAUGAGUUGGGCGGUCGCGGUCCAGUCGGGGCAUACUACCUCUGGGCAAAGCAAGGCGUCCGGUGGGUAGAAAGCUAG